CACACUGCAUUGAGACCUGGACAUUUGAAGUCCAAGUGCCUAUAGAUCUUAAUGGAAUGCAGCCGGAUACAUUAUUAAUGAGUUAAGCCUGGAAGACCCCUGCCACUUUGAUGUGUGAGCACACCCACCAAUAAUGGCCCAUAGGAUACGCAGUGGAAAUCCCAGUGAGAGCUUGUACAGCAUGAGGCUGGUGUGGAAAUCCCUGGACAAGAUGAGGUGUCUGCGGAAACGCUCCACUAUUCCCUUCCUCGGUUUCCUCAUCACCUUCCUCCUGUUCCUGAACCUCUACAUUGAAGAUGGCUACGUGCUGGAAGGGGAUAAAAGGCAGCUAAGGGAAACAUCCGUCCACCCUUCAAGCUCAGAGCGAUACGUUCACACCUUCAGAGACCUGAGUAACUUCUCUGGAAGCAUUAAUGUCACUUAUCGUUACCUCGCCGGAACCCCACUGAACCGCAAGAAGUAUCUUACCAUUGGACUUUCAUCAGUCAAACGAAAAAGAGGAAACUACCUACUGGAGACGAUCAAAUCCAUCUUUGAUCAGUCCAGUUACGAGGAACUCAAAGAGAUUGUGGUUGUGGUGCACCUGGCAGACUUUGACCUGGUCUGGUGUGAGAACCUGGUUCAGGAAAUCACCAGGAAGUUUGCCCACCACAUCAUAGCCGGACGCCUCCUGGUGAUCCAGGCACCAGAGGAGUACUAUCCGUCUCUGGACGGGCUAAAAAGGAACUACAACGACCCAGAGGACCGGGUCCGUUUCCGCUCCAAGCAGAACGUGGACCUAGCUUUCCUCCUCAACUUCUGCACAAACCUCUCUCACUUCUACAAUUUAGAGGACGACGUGCGCUGCUAGAACUUCCUGACGGCGCUGAAGAAGGUGAUCACCUCCAGAGAAGUUCCUACUGGGUGAUGCUGGAGUCUCCAAGCUGGGCUACAUCGGAAGCUGUACCACUCCAGAGACCUGCCCCGUCUGGCUCAUUCUCUCAUGUUCUACCAGGAGCCCUGCGACUGGCUCCUCAUCCACUUCAGGGGUCUGCUGGCCCAAGGACGUGAUCCCUUCACCUCGCUGUUCCAGCACAUGGGCUACUACUCCUCUUACAAAGGAGCAGAGAACAAGCUGAAGGACGACGACUUCGAGGAAGACUCCAUAGACAUCCCUGACAACCCUCCUGCCAGCCUCUUCACAAACAUCAACGUUUUUGAAAACUACGACGCCACCAAGGCUUACAGCACUGUUGAUGAAUAUUUCUGGGGGAAGCCGCCGUGCACGGGAGACUUUUUUGUCAUAGUCUUUAAUAAAUCUACCAAAAUUAGUAAGAUUAAGAUUGCUACUGGUUCUGACGACCGACAGAAUGACAUUCUUCACCACGGAGCUCUGGAAGUUGGUGAGAAACUAGUUGGGACUAAAAAAGGGAAGCAGUGUUCCUCUUAUAUUACAUUAGGGGAGUUUAAAAAUGGCAACAUUGAGGUUCAAGACGUAGACCACAAAAUUGCCUUCGACAUUGAGUGUGUUCGCAUUGUGGUGACAGCCAGUCAGAAAGAAUGGCUCAUUAUUAGAAGUAUUAGUUUAUGGACUACACAACCCCCCAGCCAAUAAGGACUACACAUAAAGACUCUUAGUAUGUCAUAGAGGCAAAGGUUUUAUUAUCAUUAUUUACUAAUGUAUAUAUUUCCAGGUUUAUUUAUUCAUUUUGUAUGUAUUUAUUUAUACUAAUUUUGAUUGCCAACUCAAUCUAUACUUUUUAUACCUGCAAGUUGUAACCUUAGUAGAGCAUCUUCCAAGUCAUUCGGAUGAGCUGUCCAGCUGACCUCAGAGUAUUCAUGAACGUUUGUUUUCUUUCUUUCUUUCUUUCUUUCUUUCUUUCUUUCAGAUUUUGAUAGCUGUCCUUAACAUAGGGCUGAGCGAUAAUUCAGGGUUGCGUUUUACCAACUUUAAGUUAUAUUAUGACAUUCUUCUGUACAAAUCCUGUGAAAAGACCAACACCAACAAUAAGUCGAUUGCACUAAUAAGUAGUGCCAUGUAGCCAAAGUCUGAUACAUCUCUUCACUAUGUGCCAUUGACCUCCAUGGUUGUCCAUAAUCAGUGAGCCAUACUGUUUUACUGGAUGAGAUGUUACUUAGUCAAUCCGUCAUACAACGUCAUGCUUCUGUACUCUAAAUCAGUGGUCCUCAGAAUGUAUCCCCUUUUGAAAUAUAUGAGUAGUGACUCACCAUAACCCUAAACAGGUCAAAACAUUUUACUUAGAAAAAGCUAUUAUAAAAACGUACAGUGCUGUGCCUGUUUAGGCUAAACAACGACAUAGUAGCUGAAAAACACUUAAAUGCUAGCUUACAAUUCAAAUGUUUAGAAUCCAUCACUGAAUCAUCAUUAUUAUAAAAUAAUUAUUUCAGUAACUAUGCAUACAAAAAUCUCACAUACCCCCUGUCGUACUCCAUAUUACCCCGAGGGGUACUACAACCCCAAAUUGAGAAUCACUAAGCACCAAAUGUGUAUUAAUCUGCGGCUGAAAACAGAUCUAGACUGGGUAGGGAAGUCAGAAAGUACUUAGAGAUGGACUUACACUUUUUUUUUUUUGGCUUUUCAUGGGAUUUGUUGGCAUGACUAAUAUAUAGAAUCACACCAGCCUUAUCUUUCAAUGGUUCUAAGCAAAAUGGAGUUAGGGUUUAAAGCAUUUUGUCUGGUCUAAAGGAUAUUAGUGGAACAUGUCUCAUUGCAAUGAACACCAAUUUGAUCAUUUCAAAUCAUAAUAUAUACGUAUUAAUAUACCAAUAUCAUAUUAUUAAUUUCAACCAUAUCGCUCAGCCCUACAGAGCACCCUGAAAACAUAUCUGUAAGUCAUUCGUGGACGAUGCAUUAUUUAUGAAUGUUAUGGAAGGCUCUAAAGAAAGGUGCUUCAAGGGAGAUAUGAAGACAAAUCUCACUUGCAGAACAGCGUACUACUGAUUUAAUACAGUUCGACCAUAGUAUUAUGAACCACUAAUUGUCAAUAAAUGUCGGGAAAGGAUAGUUAUUAGAACGUGUCACUAAAUACUUUUUAGAAACAGGUUCUCCUUGAAAAUAUCGUCCAAUUAAAGCUAUUGUGUCUUCUACAAUUUUUCAUGACCGAUAUCAAGCCUGCAAGUGUAGCCCUGGGAUUUCUCUCUGACAAUGUCCCCAUUUAGCCCUUAAUUAUUUUUACAGUUUGAAACCCCAUCAGGACAAGUAUCAGAGGUCAUUGUUGCCUUGAAUAUUCAUCAUGUCACAGCUUACGUUUUCAGCUUCAGACAUUCUUUCCCUAAUUUAGGGAAGUGGGCUGAGCUCUUUUACUGGCGCUGUAUGUUCCGUCAGGGCUGCUGACAGGAGAACAAUGUUUGUUUUCACCCAUCUUCUCCAAGAGCUGAGAUUAGAUUGCACAGUGAAGAAUAGGCCAGGUCUGCUCUUAGGUCUCUCUCUUUUUUUCCACCACAGCACAAUUUUCCCCCAGUAAAUUGGUCUGUUUGCCUCCCUCUCUACAACAGCAAAACAACAUCUCCCCUGAAGCUAUAGGAUCUCAAUUCGCUCUUUUCCCAAUGUUGCGCUCUCACAACUCCAAUGUUUCUGCUCGUACACGGUUGCCUCUCUGUGAUCUUUGCUCUCGCUUCAUGCAGUCUGCUGCUGCUUUGGGGAAACUUUCUUGUAUUUCCUUUGAAGAUCCUUUUCAAAUUCCCCACCAUUGCUUCAUGUUCUUAAACAGCAAACAUUUGCAAGAAUUAACGCUGUACAUGUAAACUGAUAAUCGGCGUGAUGUUCGAAGCAAUUCAGAGCCGCGCUUCAAAAGUAACCCUGUCAUUUCCCACGUUCAUGUAAUUAGGAGCCGACAGUGAGCAACGUUCAGCGACAGAUUUGUUUCUACAUUGAAAAGGCAUCACUCAACAAUGCAAUAAAGAGGUAAAUGUUUACAUAACACUGACAUUCUUUAGGAACAUGAGGUGAAAGCAGAUCGUUAUUAAGCAUGUGGCGACGGUUUUGCAACGCUUUGUUCCACUGUUGCAGUAGCCAGCUGUUCAGUGUUUUCCCUCAAGGUCUUGUUCAGUGUCACAGAUCGAGACCUUUCGUAGAUUAGCUUGUACCGCCACCUCGAAAUCCUUCCUCAACAAAUCCCCCAUGUGCCAUCUGAAAUGGAAUUAGAAUGCCCACCAACACAAUGUAGCUUAUUGUUUUUCUUCAGCAUUUCCCUUGAAAAGUCGCUAUUCAUUUUGGUGAAUGAUUCUGUGACCUGCGUGGAUCAGCUCCUUGGAGGGGGAUCUUGUUUGAAUGGAUGAUGCUCGGAAACACAAUUUACAUUGUGCUGCGCGUGUGGUAUUCUUUGUGACGCACACCAUGGUGCCAGUUCAGCCUAGUAUUACCUGCUUAUGAGCUAUAAACACAUGAUAUCACCGCAGGGCAGUUAGCUGUUUUACAAGUGUAAUGGAUAGCUUUGAUACGCCUCAUGCCCAAAUAGAGCAAAUGUGUUGUUAAGCCCAUAAGUUAAGUUGAUAUAUUCGGAGAAGAAAUUGCUGUCUGAUCUCUAUUUGAAAUAAGAUGCCAGCUAAAACUAGCUGCACGAUGCAGGUUUAUGGACAGAUUUACAUCUUGGGGGUAACAACAAAAGCUGCAUAAAUUCCUCAACUGGAUGUCAGCAAACAGCUGAGCACAGCAUCCUUUUGCUAUUGGCAGCCUGUUUGUAAACCUCAAUCCAUACUAGGGCCUUGAGUGAGAAUCAGUUAUACUUUAGGCCAGUGAUGGAGUACUCAAAUCCUGGACUUGGAUUCAAAUCCAACUUGAAUCGCCAUGCUCUGGACUUGUGACUUGACUUGGACCCACGCACUGAUGACUUGGACUCAAGGAUUUAUGUUACUGGAUUUAAACAUUCAUGAAAUAGGAUUCAGAUAAAGGAUAAAGUUUCUGACUACUUUGAUGUGUAAUAGGCAGUGACGGAGUACUCGAGUCCUGGACUUGACUCUGACUCAAGUCGCUUUUCUCUGGACUUGUGACUCGACUCGGAGUCAAACACAGGUAAUGGUGAAUUGGCUUGGCCUCGACCUCUUCUUUGGACUCAGACUUAGACUCAGACUCUUCGGUGACUUGGACUUGGGGACUCAAGACUUGACUCGGACUUGACAGUUGGUAACUCAACUACAACACUGCUUUAGGCUAUAUUUCACUUAAUACUAAAUUAAAAUUGUAAGUUGUCAAGAACUAAACACCAACUACAUCGGCAGAUCUCUGUGAGAAAAAGGGCAGGUGUUUGGGACAAACUUGCAGUCUAAGUUUGUUCAAUUACAUUGUCUUUGAGGGUCCAAUCCCCAAAGCUUCAACCAAGUGAUGAAUGUGAAUAUGAUGCGUGGAUCCUGAGUUAUUUGAAAUGUGAGCUGUCUUCCAGUGGAGCAUGUACAAAGUGCAUGAACAAAAUGAUUUUUCAGUGGAUAAAACAACUCCUUUUAUACGUCAGGAUCUAUGAGUUAUUGUUCAGCUUCUGCUAAUGAAAUUGUACUGGGUUUGUACGUAGAAGCCUACCGAUACUACCUUACAACAGGUUUGGAGUUCACAUGUGCUGUAUAUUGUAAGGUGGAGCGAGUGUGUUAAGAUGUUGUUUCUGUGUCUGUUUUACUUUCCAAUGUUCUCUAAAUGGUACUGUAUUGUAAGAUGACAUAUAUAUUUUUACACGUAUCAUUUCAAAUGUUGUAUUGUAUAUACUGUAUUUAAAAUGAAAUCAGAUUAAACGAAUGAAUGCCAACUUUGUGGUGCAUUGUCUGCUGAGACACAGAGAGCAGUGUGUGAGAGAGCACAACAUAUUGAAUAUGUGUCUGCAGCGUCAGGGCUUGACUAUUGGUUUGAAGGAAAGUAUUGGUUUGUUUUGCUUGAGAAAAACAAAACAAUAUUUACAUGACCCUGAAUCAAAAAUGUAGUCCCUCUGUCUUUGAUUGAACAUGUCUUGUUUCACUGUUGAAAUGUUAAUGAAUAAAAGUAGAAAAUACA